AUGCAAAGCGAUGCACGCGAGUUGAAUCCCGGUCGGGUUGACUUCUGGGAGCACUUCUACGAUCAGGAAGAUGGGCGUCUGCAGCAAAAGGAGCUGCACCACCGGAAGGCACGCGAAAUCGUGGAGCGUGGUAGCCUCAUGAAUCACUACGAGUGGUUUAUGGAGUAUCCAAUGUACGAGGCGACAUUGAGGGCCUGUAUGCGAGCGGUACCGACUGCGCUCUCUACGGAUGGCGCUACGCGCAUCCUUCACAUGGGAUGCGGCAACAGCGACUUCUGCGAUCAUGUGGAGGGGCUGUUAUCGGAUCUGCAACCCGCCCCCUCAUCGUCCUCGGGCGCGACUGAGGUGCUCAACGUUGAUAUCUGCGAGAACAUCAUCGCUCACCUCGCGCUUCACUUCCCGUCGCGGCUGUAUGCGGUGGGCAACUGCUGCGACCUGCACGUGUCGUCUUCGCCAUCGGUGCUUUGUUCACGUGAUGCUGCCUGGUACAACCGCGACGCAGCCUUGCGACUCCGCACGGUGCUGCAAAACUCUGUGGAUGUUGUGUUCGACAAGGGGACUGCGGAUGCCCUUCUGAGCUCUUUUGCUGGCGAGUACAAUCCCAACAUGGAGGCCUACACGGGCGAGGUGCUAAAGGUGCUUCGCCCAGGCGGCCUCUUGUUCCUCAUCUCGAUCAACAGUGAAGAUGUUCUGAGCCCUUACGUACUUUCCGCCGACGAUGGGCUGAAGUCGUUCCAGCUGGCGUACACGGAUGUGAUUGAGCUGGGCGCACAAGAUCUUCGGCAUCUUCGCGUGGAGACCCUGGGGUCCCGCUACAGCUGCUACGGGUACGCCGUUGUGGCGUCUGCUGCUACAGAGUAG